ACGCUGCAGGUGCCGGGGCUCAUGAGCUCCCAGGUGCAGAUGGGGGGUCACCCCACGGAGGUUCUGUGCCUGCUCAACAUGGUCCUACCUGAGGAGCUCCUGGACGACGAGGAGUACGAGGAGAUCGUGGAGGACGUCAGGGACGAGUGCGGCAAAUACGGAACCGUCAAAUCCAUCGAGAUCCCCCGGCCCGUGGAUGGGGUGGAGGUGCCGGGCUGUGGGAAGAUUUUCCUGGAGUUCACGUUGGUGUUUAACUGCCAGAAGGCCUCGCUAGGCCUGGGCUGUCCCUGCGACCCCAAAUCCCCCCAAAAUCCGGCUUAA